ACCCUCUCUGCCACGUCUGUCGCGUUGCCGACCCAUUUUCCAGCCAGAACCACUUCAUCGUCAACCCAGGACACGAAAUUGAGCAAUGGACAAGUCUCUAGAUGAAAUCAUCGCCACCCGCCCCAAGGGCAUCCGUAAAUCGAACCCUCGACGAAACUCGGGAAAGGCGCAAGUCCUUGGUAACUCCAACCCCGCGCCAGCGACGCGUGCUCGCGCGGUGCCCGCCUCCAACGGUGCGAAGACCGUCCCCCCGACUGCCAGCCAACCAGCGGACAAGAUCAUCGUCUCCAACCUACCCCCUGAUGUGAACGAGGCGCAAGUCAAGGAGCUCUUCACCGCCACAGUUGGUCCCCUCAAAGACGUGACUUUGCACUACGACAGCCAGGGUCGUUCAAAGGGAGUUGCCGCAGUGCACUUCUCCAGGCGCGGGGAUGGCACCAAGGCCUUCCAGCAAUACAACAACCGGUUGAUAGACGGCAAACGUCCCAUGAAGAUCGAGAUCGUCGUCGACCCCUCGAAACCCGCCCCCGCUGCUUCGCUGGUGUCCCGGGUGACGCCAGCUGCUGCCGUUCCCGUUGCUGCUGCACCGGUCACCAGGACUGGUGGUCGUCCCAAGCGCGGCCGCGGUGGUGGACGCCGCAAGGGCAAUGAGCGCCCUCAGAAGACCGCGGCAGAUCUCGAUGCUGAGAUGGAAGAUUACACUGCGAGCAAUGCCCCCGCCGCGGCCGCGGCCGCGUAGACAACCCUAGUGUCUUUGGUUCCGCUUGUCGUCAUGUUGUUCUCGGAAAAUCUCUCGCUUCUCGCACUGCGCGGACCGCAUACGUUGUCCGCCCGCUUACACCCACCCUCAUACACAUCCUUUGCUCUCGGUGUACUAUAUACUAUAUUAGCCCACUCAUCAUGCGUAUGUGUCCUCCCUGUCGCUGUUAGCUCGUGCCUCCGCUCAGUAAUCG